AGCAUCACGUGCUGCUUCCACAGCUCAGCUGCUGGGCUGGUUCGUGUUUGCUGAGCACCUUCCGUCCCUGAGAUGCUAUAGCACUGCUGCUCCACCUGGGAGCCUCUGGGUGCAGCUGCCUCCUUGCACCUUGCCCGAGCACAGAGGCUGUGGGAGGGGGCUGCCUCCUGGCACCAGAGCCCCUGGCCCCAUAGGAAUGUGAGCACACAGCCUGCUUUCCCAUGGCUGCCGGCACAGACCCCUCUUUGUGCUGAGCGGGGUGAGGGCGGGCUUGGCUCCGUCCCUCGGCGCUGUCGGCGUGCCAAGCCCAGUGCUGCCAUGAGCGUGUGCUGGGAUGUCAGCAUGGGUGACUGGCACCGUUUUGCCACCUUUGCCCGCUGCCCUGCUGCUUCUGCAGUGUGUGAGAUCUGUUUGAAUUAAUUCCUCCAGCUGUAAGUAGGUGUGCGGCUCCCUGCGGCUCCCAGCCAGCCGGCGCUGCAGUGCAUGAGGCUGCAGAGCUUGUGGCCGCUGUAGCUGCAGGAUGUCAGGCCCUGAAAUGAAGGCUGCCAUGCAGGAGCGCAGCCAGGCUGUGGGGCUUUCUGCCCUUGCAGAGCCGGGUCUGGGCUCGUUACCUCCAAGUGACGCAGGCUGCCCUGCUCCACGGGUGCCAGGGCGCGUUCCAGGUCAGGGCUCGCUGCCCGCUUUGCUUUGCUCUAAAGUGCUGUCGUGGAGGCGCUCUGGUCCUUGUCUGACCUACUUACUUACAUCUGGCUGCUUGGAAGGAAGGCAGAUUUGCUCUGCCAAAGAAGUAGCUUUCUGCUGGGAAGCAAAGGUGGGAGGAGGGAGCUGGGGGGGGAAGUGCCCUCAGAGCGGGGGGGCUGAGCGUGUUGGGUUUCUGCCGUCUGCCAGGGCAGUGCUGGAAUGAGCACAGCUCCCCAGGCUCACUGCUCCAGUGUUACCGGCUUGGCUUGAAUGCGCAUUGGUCUUUCCCUGAGCUGGAACAGCAGCCCGUGGGUAUUGCAGUGCCGACAGCAGAGACUCCUGAGCCCUGCAGCUCUGUGCCCUGUGCGGCACCAUGCUCUGCACUGUUCUGCUUCCCACGGCCCCUUCCUGCUCCCCUUUCUUGCUUCCUUUCUCCCAAGCUUGUUGUCAGGAGACCUGGAGAUACCUGCAACACCGGCCGGACCAGCCAGGGAUGUGGCACCUGGGCAGAGAUACUUGUGGGGCAAGGAGUGACGCUGCUGGGUGCGCGGAGGCUCGUGCUCCACUUUGCUUUCCCACUGUGAGGCAUGAAGGACCAGGCUCAUCCUCAGCACUGAGCAGCCACAGCCGGGUCGCCAUGCCGAUCCCACCCCCGCCGCCGCCGCCCCCCGGCCCCCCGCCGCCCCCCACCUUCAGUCAGGCGAACACAGAACCACCAAAAUUGAGCCGAGAGGAGCAGCGCGGCCGUGGAGCCCUCCUGCAGGACAUCUGUAAAGGGACCAAGCUAAAGAAGGUGACACAAAUCAAUGACCGGAGCGCCCCCAUCCUAGAGAAGCCCAAGGGCAGCGGUGGCAGCAGCUACGGCUCCAGCUCAGCUGCGAUCCAGCCCAAAGGCGGCCUCUUCCAAGGCGGUGUGCCCAAGCUCAGACCUGUGGGAGCAAAGGACGGCUCAGACGGAUCCGGGAAGCAAACCCUGCAAGUCCCCGGCUCCAGAGCCGCUGCCCCCAGGCCCCCAGUGCCGGCCAGCAACAGCCGACCUCAGGAUGAUUCUGACAACAGCCGAGCCUCUCCGCCGGAGCUGCCGCGCACGCAGCGGCCGUCCCUUCCGGACCUCUCCCGGCCCGGCGCCGCCGGUGGCACCGGCAUGAAGCACAGCUCGUCUGCGCCGCCGCCUCCCCCCCCGGGCCGCCGUGCCGCCGCGCCGCCCGCCCCCCCGCCGGCACACGGCCCCAAGGUCUCCUCCUACAACCGGGAGAAGCCCCUGCCGCCCACCCCGGGACAGCGAGCGCCUGCUGGCAGGGACGGACCCCCCGCCCCCCCACCCGUCAAGCCCCCGCCCUCCCCAGUCAGUCUCCGAACGGGGUCGGGGGCUCAGAGCCAGUCCCUCGCCCCCCCUCCGCCCCCUUACCGGCAGCCCCCCGGCGUCCCCAACGGCCCUUCCAGCCCCGUCACCGAGGCUGCCCCGGAGCUGCCGCAGAGGCACAACUCCCUGCACAGGAAGACACCGGGCCCCUUGCGGGGUCUCGCGCCGCCGCCGCCCGCCUCGGCCUCCCCGUCCCUCCAGAGCAGCCGCCCCCCGCCGCCAGCCCGGGACCCCCCCAGCCGUGGUGCAGCCCCGCCGCCUCCGCCGCCCAUGCUGCGAAAUGGGGGGCGUGAUGCCCCCCCACCCCCACCCCCCUACAGACUGCAUGGUUCUACUGAGCCCCCCAGCCGCGGGAAGCCACCCCCACCGCCCACCCGGACGCCUGCUGGGCCGCCCCCACCCCCACCGCCGGUGAGGAACGGGCACCGGGACUCCAUCGCCACUGUCAGAGCGUUCCUGGAUGACUUUGAAUCCAAAUAUUCGUUUCACCCCGUCGAAGACUUUCCAGCCCCAGAAGAAUAUAAAUACUUCCAGAGAAUCUACCCCAGCAAAACCAACAGAGCCACGCGUGGGGCCCCUCCUCUGCCCCCCAUCCCCAGGUGAAAGCGAGCUGUGCCGGCGGUCGGUCCUGAGCACAGCCGCAGAGCUGCUCCCCCUUCUUCAGACGGACCCUCACCACCUCCCUGCCCCCAGGAACCUGCAUGAGAAACUCCCGGCACCUUCGGCUCUCCCAGGACGAGCGGACGCCCCCGGCCCACGCUCACCACAAACCCACGCGGCUCUUUGCCCCGCGGCCCCACGUCGGACCCCGCGCUCCAGGCAGCGGGCGGGGCCGGGGGCGGGCAGUGCACCGCCGGGGACGGACACGGGCGAGGGCCGUGCCGGGGGUCCUCGUGGGCUCAGAGCAGAGCGGGGCUGUGGUGGCCGUGGGACGGGGCCGGCGGAGCCCUCCGCCCCGGUGCUGCGAUUUCGUAGAGCUGCUGGGAGCGGGGCCGCGCCUCCACGGUGGCUCCAGGGAGGGCGUGCGGCCCCGUGCUAACGCCGCGGGACCAAAAGGAAGCGGCAGCUGAUGGACGUGGGCCGUUUGCGGGGCUCUGCGGCCGGGGGU